AUGAGUAAUAGACAACCUCUUUUAAAUGCAUCUAAUAAAUCAUCUAUUAGUGAUGAUGAUGAAAAUAAUGGGAACAAGAAACAGCUUUCGAUCAAUAGGUUUCUUGAUUGGCAUCGAUACUUCAGUACGAAGAAAAAAGAUAAAUAUAUUGAAUUAGACGAUGAUACCGAAUAUAGUGACAAAGAUACAGCAAUUGAUGCUUUUCAUUUCGGAAAUGACUCAAAUGUCAAUGAAAUAGAUGUAUGGAAAGAAGACACAGAACCAAUUUAUGAUAUCAAUGGUGAUAUUGAAUUUAACAAUGUUAACUUUACUUAUCGAUCUCGGGAAGAUACACCAGCUCUGCAUAAUCUUUCUAUUAUUGCUCAUGCUGGUCAGACAACUGCUCUUGUAGGUUCAAGUGGCUCUGGAAAAAGUACAUGUAUAUCACUUUUUCUUCGUUAUUAUGAACCUUCGUCGGGUCAAAUAAUGAUUAAUAGCCGACCAAUAACAGACUAUUGUGUUAAACAACUUCGGCAAUACAUUGGGAUUGUUAGUCAAGAACCCAUUCUGUUUAGUAUGAGUAUUUAUGAAAAUAUUCGUCUUGGUAAAGUAGAUGCAACACAAGCAGAAAUUGAACAAGCAGCACAAGAAGCAAAUGCACAUAAUUUCAUCAUGCAAUUACCAAAUAAAUAUGAAACAUUUGUUGGUGAACGUGGUAUACAGUUGAGUGGUGGUGAAAAACAACGUAUUGCAUUAGCUCGUGCCCUUGUCAAACAGCCUACAUUUCUUUUACUUGAUGAAGCAACAAGUGCACUUGAUAAUAUUAGCGAAAAAAUUGUUCAAGAAGCGCUCGAUCGAACGUGUAAAGGUCGUACAACUAUUGUAAUUGCUCAUCGUUUGACUACAAUUCAAAAUGCUCAUCAAAUAUAUGUAUUAGAUAAUGGAACUGUGAUUGAACAAGGUACACAUGAAAUAUUGAUGGCAAAAGAAGGAGCAUGUGUACUUAGUGGAGCAACUCAACCAAUGUUCGCAUUUUUACUUGCCAAAGUAGUUGAUGCAUUCAAAUAUUGUUCAUCCUCUGAACGAAAUCGUCAAGUGAUGAUUAUCAGUUCUCUUUUUUUACUUACGGGUGCUCUUUUAUUUAUUUUUCGUUUCAUUCAAUAUACAGCUUUCGUCAUAUCAGGAUCGAAAUUGGCACAACGUAUUCGUUCGAAAGCAUUUGCAUGUCUUCUUCGUCAAGAAGUUGCUUAUUUCGAUCGACCUGAAAACAAUUCUAAUACCAUUUGUACUCGUCUUUCUUCUGAUGCAACAGCUCUUGCUGGUGAAGUUAUUCACAAUAUGCGUACAAUGAAACAACUGUCAGUAGAAAAGGAAGUUCUACGACAAUAUUCCGAACUUAUUCAUCCGACACUAAUGUCUAGCCGUAUCGCUUCAUCAGUUUCAAGUGCUGAAGCGUUUUUUGAUUUAUUUGAUCGAAUACCAUCUAUCGACAAUACAUCUACUGAAGGACAAGAAUUGGUUGAUUUUCAUGGCGAGAUAACAUUUGAUCAAGUCAAAUUUAUCUAUCCAACUCGGUCAACAUCUAUUAUUCUUAACGCAUUUCAAUUGAAUAUCAAACCAACUCAAUGUGUAGCUCUUGUUGGAGCAUCUGGAUGUGGGAAGUCAACAAUUAUUCAACUGUUAGAACGAUUUUAUGAUGUUACAAGUGGUCAAAUACUUCUUGAUGGCAUUGAUAUUCGAAAACUAAACCUUGAUUCGGUUCGUUCUCAUUUUGGCCUUGUCAGUCAAGAACCAAUUUUGUUCGAUUUAACGAUUGCUGAAAAUAUAGCAUAUGCCUUAGAAAAUAUUUCAAUGGAAGACAUUAUCAAUGCAGCACGUAGAGCUAAUAUUCAUCAAUUUAUUGAGCAACUGCCUCAGGGUUAUGAAACAAAAGUAGGAUUGAAAGGCAGUUUCUUGUCAGGUGGUGAGAAGCAACGUAUUGCUAUUGCUCGUAUUCUUCUUCGUCGACCUAAAGUAUUGCUCUUAGAUGAAGCUACGAGUGCCAUGGAUUCAUACAAUGAACAAAUUGUACAAGGUGCUCUUGAACAAGCUCAAACAGAAGAUUCUAGUCGAACAUCACUUAUUGUUGCUCAUCGUCUAUCAACUAUUCGUUCAUGUGAUUUGAUUUAUGUACUUGAUAGAGGACAUAUAGUAGAAAGUGGUACUCAUGAAGAAUUGAUACAAAGACAUGGAGCUUAUUAUGAUAUGCUUGUUCAAAACAAUUUACAAUGA